AUUAUAAAAGGGGGGUAUGGGGGAGAAUAAUGCAGGCAGAACUUUGGGAUCGAGACUGGGAAUUUGGGAGUGUGAGACCACUCGAAAAGUCUCGACCUUUUCUUACGUUUUCCUUCAUUAAACCUUCAUAAAUAUACUUCGAUUAUAUUUUGUGAUUGUUCGGCUACCUAUCAAUCUUCAAAUUCAAUAACCCAGGAGCCAGAAGGUUUAUGAUUGUUAUAGAAUUAAAAUCCAGAUCAAUCUGCUCUCCCUAUUUCAACACACAUCGGCCUAAAUAUUCAUGUGGGUAUUUGCCCGAGACUCCGAGUUCCAUACGAUCUUCAUACUUUAGAGAGGUCUUUAAGCCCUAAGCUCUGUGAAUUCAGUGAUAUGGGGUCCUGCACCGGAAGUUCAUUCAGGCUGGGAAUGGGUGCCCGUCGGGCAAUGGAUCAUCCUGAUCCUUCUUCCAUUGGUGAGGAUUACUGGGAACUAGUUGAUGAAACGGCUCGAGAAGUCCUGAAUUAUGUCCACCCGACUAUGGACUCCGAGGAGAAGCGGAAGGACGUUAUUGAGUUCAUGCAGAACCUCAUCAGAGGCUGUGCUCCUUGUGAGGUCUUCCCGUAUGGUUCAGUACCACUGAAGACAUAUCUUCCCAAUGGAGACAUAGAUUUAACUGCUCUAAGUGAUCCUACCAUCGAGGAAUCUUUGGCACAAAAUAUCCUAGCCAGUUUGCAGGCAGAAGAACAGAAACAAAACACCGAGUAUGAUGUCAGGGAUACUCAAUUCAUCAAUGCUGAGAUAGAUCGCAUUGUUGGAAAAAAUCACCUUUUCAAGCGAACACUUAUGCUGAUAAAGUGUUGGUGUUACUAUGAAAGCCGGAUACUCGGUGCUCAUCAUGGCUUGCUAUCGACAUAUGCAUUGGAAAUACUUGUCUUGUAUAUCUUCCAACUCUUCCAUGCAUCCUUAAACACUCCUGUCGCGGCUCUCUAUAGAUUUUUGGACUACUAUAGCAAAUUUGAUUGGGGGAAGUAUUGUGUCAGUCUGAAUGGGCCAGUUCGUAUAUCAUCCCUCCCUGACAUAGUGGUUGAAUUGCCUGACAAUGGAAAGACAAAUCUAUUGCUUGCUGAAGAACGUUUGCGGGACUGUAUGGAAAUGUUCGCAGUUCCAUCAAGGGCCCCUGAAAGUAACAAAAGGGUAUUUCAACAAAAAUAUCUUAAUAUAGUUGAUCCAUUGAAGGAGAACAACAAUGUCGGCCGAAGUGUUCAUAAAGGUAAUUACCACCGCAUAUGCUUUGCUUUUAAGUACGGGGUCCGGAAGCUCGGCCAAAUCCUUUUAUUACCACCUGAUAACAUUGGAAAUGUGAUGAAAAAGAUCUUUUGGAACAACAUCUUAAUGGAUGGAUUGACUUCUGUGGCUAGCCUAGAGAAUUCCUCCCCAAGUAUUGGUGGUGACAGCUCUAUAAUAUUGUCUUCACCUUCACCUGCUGACUAUCUCUCCGACAAUGAUUUUGAGCAUGAUAAUUUUGAAACUGAAGAUAUUAAGUUCACUUCAUUAUCAUCAUCUCCUUCAUUAUUAGUAAAUGAGUCACAGAGUAAAUUAAUUCCUAAACAUGGAAGCUGCAAUGAUGAUGAGAGUGACAAAGUUGAGGAUUCAGAAGUUUGGAACCCCUUAGCAGACCUAACUGGGGAUUAUGAUGGUCACAUUCGAAGUUUGCUUUAUGGGAAGUGUUGUCAUGGGUAUGCUUCAACUGUGGCAGUGUCAUCACCCCCCUCUUCGAUUCAAAACAACCGGUUGUUGACUGUCACUAAUCAACAACCCACGAUGAUCCCCCGCGCCCCACAUUCUUUCCCUAAAACAAGCAUGACUCGUGUGUUCAUAGGGCCAUCACCUUUUGCUGGAAACUUCUUACCAUACCCUCCUAGUUCCAACUUUGAAAUGAAAUCAAAAUCACGGGGCACUGGAACGUUCUUCCCAGCUGUGAUUAAGCCUUUCAGGGAGAGAGCAUCUUAUCAAAAAGGAAAGGGGAAAAUCAGGAAAUUUGGUGCUGGUUAUGGUCAGCCUCCGAGAAACAAUCUUAGCAAAGGAUGGGUUCCUGUAUUGCUAGAGGAGGAGAUUGCUGUGCAAAGCAGUAACAUUAGCAGCAGCCAUCAUCUAGAAGCUUCACAUUCUGCACAAUUAUCUUCUUAUUGGGCUCAACAAGAGCGUGGGAAGUCUGCAUUUCACCCGCGUUACCAUCCUCUUGCAGGUUCUCAUAAUGGCUACUUCUCAUAUGCACCCCCACUCCCAUCCCUUCCUUCCGAAUGUGGUGGUCUAUCUUUAAGGCCAUAUGGUGACUCCCUCCCUAGUUCUUCUGGAUUCUCUCAAAACUUGUACUGUGCAAGUCCCGUGCAAAGCGGAACUAAUAGGUUUGCAGAUCAAUACUCAUGAAGAAUUAUGUGUUUCCUUCUUCUUUUAAUGUGAAAGAUUCAGAGACAAAUGAGAGUUUGACGUGAAAGUGUGAAAGGAUGAGAAAGAUUGAAAGGUAGUGAAUGCUUACAAACUAUAGCUCAAAAAGUGACUGGCUUAAUGUAGACAUAUGUGUAGGUAGCAAUAUAAGCCUCCUCUAUGACUUUUUUGAGAAAAGAGUAAAACCAGAACUUUGUCAUUAAAACGCCCAAAAAAAUCAUUGCAGUAAAAAACAAGCUAGCAAGGUGUUUGUUUGAUCACUUGAUGCACUUGGAAGUGGACUGGAAGUGUGGAUACCAGGUUUGGUUCCUGGUCCAAUUCCAGACUACCUAAUCGGUUCUAGUCUGGUUCACUACAAUGUCAAAGUAUUCGUUUUAUUUAUAUAUAUAAAACAACAACAUCUAAGUCUUAGUCCCAAAAGAUAUUGGGGUCGGCUAACAUGAAGUUUUAUUUAUAUAUAUAUAUAUAUAUAUAUAUAUAUAUAUAUAUAUAUAUAUAUACACACACAAUACACCAUUACCUCCGUCACAAUGAGCUUUUUUCAAAAAUAUAGUUGAAAUAAAACUUAAUGACAAAAAUAUGACUAAUACUUAUUUAUUUAAUUUUGUUAUGCUACCUUAGUUUUGCAAAUCUAAAUUCUUCAUUUAAUGGAAAAUCUAAAUCCUCCAUUUUCUCCAUUAUCAUAUACGGAAGUAUAAAAAUUGAAGCGAGGUUAUCCCACUUUGAUUUAGUUUUGGAUGAUAUUAGACAUUUAUUGGAUCAUAUAAUUAUUAACCAUUGUAAUUGAUCAGUUAAUCGAGUUGUUCGAUCAAUUGAUUGCUAGGGUAAGUUUUUCUAUAGUAAGUAUAGUUGAUUGCAUGAAUGUCUUCAGUACACCUCCAGCUUUUAUUGCAUGCCCCCGGCCUGACGAAUGAUAUUAUUGAGUAAUGCAAGUGGCGGUUUUUCCUUUCAAAAAAAAUAUAAAUUUCAAUUGUAUAAUAUAUUAAUUCUCCAUUUAAUCUAAAUACCCUCGAUGAAUUAUAUCUUUCCAUUUAAUUUCUCUUCCUAAUUUGAAACAAUUUGAAUAGUGGCGUACGUCUGGAGAGGCUUGUUCAUGGUUGACUUGUUGGAUAAAUUCACUACAGCCAUCCUUGAUCCAUGGCCGUGCAUAAUCAAAUCUCCUUUUUACUUUGUAGUUGAUAGCACUGCGAGGAACGAUGUAAUUUUAUCUCUCAUUUCCUUUUAAAGAAAAUAAUUAUAUAUAUGCUUCAAUGCUUCAUGUCAUCUCUUUUCCAUAAAUAAAUUUAAAUCACAUGAUCUUAGAAAUGUCAAAACUUACGUGCCAAAUAAA